AUGGAUUCUAGAAGACGAAGCAACCCUCUUCAUUUGAUGAAAAUUUCGGACAAAUAUCCUUACGAGCCACGAAAUGUUGAAAGACCCAGCGUUGUUUCUGACUACACGAGCGCAGCACCGAUGGCGCCUGAUUCAUCGGACGGGUCAGAAGGAUCCACCGAUCACGAGCUCUCAGUUAUAUCUGAACCGGCUAAAGUUCCCGGCGCGCAACUCAAUGAUGCAGCUCUCAGAACUUGUCGAACUAGAAGUGGAGCCCUGCCGUCCAGGAUUGGGAUACCAGGCAACAGUAGUCCUCUAUGCGAUCUCCCCAACGAGUCGAGAUAUUAUCACCUCAACGAAUCUCGCUUACCUCGCGAUGUAAGAAAAUCCAAGCUGGCCUUCUUGAAGGCUGCUGGAAGAAUUGAUGUGGAUGGCUUAGAAGGUACGUUACCUAACAGGCGAGUCUCGACACUUUCAAUUGAAAAGGCUAACCUGAUGCUUACGCACCAAGGUACCCUGCCCGAAACAACUUCCCGCGCAACGAGAUGCUUGGUUGAGAGGGCGGUCAUAUUUGAAGAUCCGGCCAUGUGGCUAGUGAUGAAGCGUUGGCCAUUUUUACCGACGUCUGAGGACCAAUUGCGAAAUGGCUAUCAUUGUCCCGAUCACGUCAGAGCUCGUAUAGAGAUGGACAUUGCAUAUCUUCUCCAAAUGCAACCUCACGCGGUUCCCGAAGUUGAUCUGUUGGAAUAUUUCUUCCUCUUGGAUGAUUGGUACGAGAGUGGGGAUAUGGUCGACCAUGAAAUAUUCCAAGUGUAG